AUGAAGACUGUGUACGUCGAACAGACAAUGGAUAUCCCUGAGGAUGUCAAGAUCACUGUGGCCUCCCGAAAGGUGACUGUGAGUGGCAAGUACGGUGAGUUGAGUCGUGAGUUCAAGCACUUGCCGUUGGAUGCCACUGUGGAAGAGGGGAAGUUGAAGGUUGCCAUGUGGAACGCUGACAACCGCAUGAAGGCAUGUGUGCGAACAUUCUGUUCGCACGUGGCGAACAUGAUUAAGGGCGUGACUAAGAUGUUCCAAUACAAGAUGCGUCUGGUGUACUGUCACUACCCCAUCAACAUCAACAUCACUGACAACGGCAACACUGUGGAGAUCCGUAACUUCUUGGGCCAACGCCGUACCCGAUGCGUUAAACUCGCCCCCGGCGUCACCUGUGUAAAGUCCACCACCGUUAAGGACGAACUCGUCGUCUCAGGCAUCGACAUCGAAGGCGUCUCCCGCUCCUGCGCUCUUAUCAGACAAAAUGCUCUCGUUCGUAACAAGGAUAUCCGACUCUUCCUCGACGGCAUCUACGUCUCCGAGAAAGGGCUCGUCCUUCAGGAAGCCUAA